AUGCUGAGCAAUUCAGUCCUGAAACAGCUGUCGGUUCCAGCUGACCAGGAUGUCCCAAUGGCGAUGGAUCGACAGGCCUAUCUAUCCGCCAUUGCACCUCAGAUCGUUAAUACAGAUGCACAGGAGACAUCACCAGAGGCAGGGGUUGAUGGGGCUGAUGUCAUUGGCAGUGACAUGAGAAUAGAGGGUGAGGUCCUUGAAGUGUUGCACAAAUCACUGACAGCGAUGUUUAGGAAGCAUGGGGUUGCGAAUCAAGUGAACAUUCGACAGUGGCUGAUGGAGUUUCCAGCGGCCGGAGCAGCCAGUGAAGCAAGCCAGGCCAACGACCAAGCCCUCCAUGAAGCCGUGACGUCUGGCGGGCAGUUUGUGUGCAUCCGGGGCAGCUACCUUGCAGCCAGGACAGGGUCUCCGCAAACAGAUCCCUUCCGGGCGGUCGUGCUCGACGCCUUUGGGUCUAAGGACCUGGUCAAGCGCAGUGAGCUGGUGGCAGAGGCCAAGAAACGCGGUCUUAACAUCUCAGAGGCGAUGUUCAUGAAGGUGAUGCGGGCAGUGUGCUUGCCAAGGCCUGGGGGGUUCUGGUGUUUGAAGCCAGGAUGGGAUGGGAGCUGA